UACAUAAAUUGUGAAGGACUAAAAUUAUCGUUAUGUCCAGUAGUUAUUGGAGUUCAAAUUGUGCUCACAGGUAGUGCCGUUUGUAUGGGUAACGAUACAAAACUGGUGGGUUUCAAUAUUUUGGUUCCUUCGCUCAAGAAGAAAACAUUCAAUGCUUGCCCCUAAAAAUCACAGACGUUACUUGAAGGAAUAAAAGUCUAUGAUGGCCACAAACAAUCUUAAAAAAAAGCUGUUGUACCGGAAAGUAGAUAUUCGCAAUUUUUUUUGCUUUACUAAAACAUAUUGAUUGUAACUUCACUCACCGAAUAUAACAAUUAUAUCUUAAAUUGACGUCUCUAUCAACGCCCACUGGGAAUGUUAUGCCAUAACAUGGAAUUUAACAAGCACAUACACAUGGAUAGACGACGCUAUCAAUGCCACUAUUGUAUUAAAUCGUUUGUUUGCGAAAGUGAAUUAGCAAAGCACACUUGUAUUCGCUUGAGCAACCCCUUUUUUGGAUCAGCCCUUCUAAAAUCACUUUCCGACUACUUUCAUACAAACAGGCGCUUCAAAUGCAACGAUUGCGGCAAGUCUUUUACCGGAAAACACAAUCUUACAUGCCACACGCGCAUCCACACGGGAGAAAGGCCAUUUUUAUGUAACACUUGCGGUAAACGUUUCACCCGAUCAUCUACUUUAAAAAGGCACGAACUUGUGCACGUGGGCCCAAAGCCAUGGUCUUGUCAAAGCUGCAAUAAAUCUUUUGCCGAAGCAUAUCAAUUGAGUUUGCACGAGAGCUUACAUUCACUUAAAAAGCUAUUUACAUGUGAAGUAUGCGGCGAAUCGUUCGCGUUGAUAUCUCAAUUAAAAACACACACUUUGGACCACAAUGUAGCCAACCCGUGCUACAAAUGCCGUUAUUGCGAUCAAUCUUUUUUUUCCCUGCAUUAUCUCAAACUGCACAACAUCAGCCACACAGGAGAAGGGCCAUACGCGUGUAAAAUCUGCGGCAAGACUUACAGUCAUAAAUAUUAUUUGAAAACGCACGAGCGCAUCCAUACCGGGGAAAAACCAUGGGUUUGUAAAAGCUGCGGUAAAAGAUUCACACAAUCGUCCAACUUGAGAACACAUGAGCGCACCCAUUUCAGUUACAAGGAAUUCAAAUGCAAAGUCUGCGGCAAAUCCUAUUCUCAAGAUAACGAUCUCAAAGCACAUAUUCUAAUACAUACGAUAAAAAACCGUUACUUUAAGUGCUUCUAUUGCGGUAAAACUUUUUUUUCCAAAAAACAUAUCAUACGGCACAUUCGAACUCAUAUAAGAUAUAGGCCAUAUGGGUGUAGAAUUUGCGGCACAGCUUACGGUCACCUGGACACUUAUCAGGAACACGUUCUCAGCCAUGCCAACACACAAAUGUUCGAAUGCAAUGAGUGUGGAAAGGCUUUUACUGAUAAAAACAAGAUUCUGAGGCACCUACAUCUCCACACGGAAAAACCAUGCGAUUGCGAAAUCUGUGGCAAAUCUUUCCUUGCAAAAUGUAAUGCCAAAUGGCAUAGCCUCGUCCAAAACAGCGACAGACCAUUUAGAUGCCAUGAAUGUGGUAAAUCUUUUGCUGACAAAAAAAACCUUGCAAAUCAUACUCUUAUACAUACUAAGGUAAAAUCGUAAAAAUGAAAAAUUAUUUACAAACAUUUAACACAAGAAUCUUGGAAAUUUCACCUAAAAGUAAAUAAACCUCGUACACAUUUAUGGUCCGAAAAGUUUUAUAUGAAAACCUUUAUUAAUCAUAUUCUCGAAUGGAUAACUUACAACUAUAUUUAUGCACAAAAAAAUUGAACCAUUUUAUACUACGACGAUGUACACAUUUUUUACUAUAUUUUGUUGUAAACUAAAAUAAUAGAUUAAUUCUCAAUGUAAAUUUAUUUUAGGUGAUAUAUCUUGGGACAUUUAGAAGUAAGUUUACAAGUGUUAGGGCCGAUUUUCCUUUAUUUUAGGAAAUAUUUUUGAAACUCGCAGAGUUUGCUCUCUUAAUUUUACGGUG